UCUCUCAUCGACAUUCCAACCUAUACUUUGUCGUUAAAUAUUUAUCACAGGAAACAAAAUAUAAUGAGAUCAUAGAUAUAAAGUAGGCCAGUAAUAUGCUUAUCAGCAAUAACCUUCACUUCCAAAAAUAAAAUCUUUCAGAGAUGGCAAUGUCUGCAGAAGAAGAAAUACAGGCGAUGGCCCAACACUAUUUGGUUUGUGGCACUGAAGACUGUAAGAGGAACUGUCAGUUCUAUUGCAAUCCUUGUCACCAAAGAUUGUGUAAACGAUGCAGAGACGAACAUCAGAAGAGUCAAGAUACCAAGGACCAUGAAGUGGUCCCUUACAAACAACGCAAACCACAACUUCCAGAGGAGAAAUGCAAUCUCCAUCCAAAACGAAAUGUAGAAAUUCUUUGUAAGGAAUGUAAUGUCCCUCUUUGCGCUAAGUGUAUCUUCAUGAAAGAGCACACUGGUCAUCAACUUGACGAUCUGGAAGAAAAAUACGCGGAAAAGGUCGCAUUUUGCAGAUCAGAAAUAUCCAAAAUCCAGGAGUAUUACCUCUCAACAUCACAAGGUUUAAAAAAAGAGAUUAAAGAAGAUGUCAUGGCAAUAAAAAAUACUAUGGACGACAUCAGAAAUUCCAUAAGGGCUGAAGCGGAGUCUCUGAAAGAGCUUGUGGAUAGGGUCACAUCAGACAAAUUGGAACAAGCGAAUAUAAUGGAAGAAUCACUUCUCAAGACACUAAAAUCACAGGAAAAAACUUAUGAGGAUUACACUGAAUAUCUUGAAAAACUUCUGAAGGAGUUUCACAGCUACAAGUCCAUAGACAAUAUCAGAGUUUUAUUUUCUGAUGAUUUUGAAAAUUUAAAAAUCCAAUCUAUACCAGAGACAACACAACCAGUUUUACCAGUUUUUACUGCCGGCCAUUUCUACAAAGACGAAGUUUCCAAGUUGCUUGGUAGUGUAAAUUUUCCAAACAUCAAACCUGAUAAUAGAAGAAUAAAACCCAUGGAGAAAGCCUCUACACAGUUAAAACUUACAGGGAAACAGACGAGACGAGACGUAGAGAAAUCAGACGUGAAACCAACACUGUCUCUGUCUUCCUCUGUCACCAAGGUCAGGGAGUACACAGUACCAGGUGUUGGCAGUGUAUAUCAUAUAUCACUGGGUAAAUCAGGCAGACUCUGGGCCAGUGAUGCUAUCGGUAACCUUGUCCAAACAGAUCUACAGGGGAAUCAGCUACAGAAGAUAAAAACCAAUGGUGGAGAUGAAGGCUACCACACAGUCACACAGGACGGGGAUCUGAUCUAUACAGACAGAAAGAACAAAGUCAUCAAUAGGAUAAAACAGAAUAAUACAAUCACUAAAUUUAUUAAAACAGGAGACUGGGAACCAAUCAGCAUACACUCCUCUCACAUCAACGGGGACAUACUGGUGGGGAUGAGAAAGGGUGGAGAGGCUAAAGUCACCAGGUACAACAAGACAGGGAAAGAAAUACAGAACAUACAGAGGGGCAACAAAGGACGGGAACUGUAUAGUGAUCCACACUAUAUCACAGAAAACAUCAAUGGUGAUAUCUGUACAUCAGACUUUAACAACCGAGCUGUAGUGGUAGUGAAUAAAUCAGGACAACACAGAUUCUCAUACACAGGUCAGGGGUCAGGGUUUAAUCCCUUUGGUAUCUGUACUGAUCGCCUUGGUCACAUCAUUGUCUGUAACGGUUAUCCUCGCAAUAAUGCAUUUGACAUCCUUGAUCAGGACGGUCAGUUCUUGUCUCUACUACUCACACUACAACAAGGGAUACAACCCUAUGGUGUGUGUGUGGAUGAUGAGAACAAUCUCCAUGUGGGACAAUUGUACACCACCAAAGUGACAGUCUACAAGUAUCUACAGUAAAUCUUCAACGUAAAGAUUUAUAACAGCCGUCAUUCAACAGCAUUUGUAUAUAAUUAAGACAUUUAUUUUGUCUUCGAUCUGAAUCAUUGGGAAUGUUGUAUCAACGUGCGUGUAGUAAAAUGCAUUUGCUAUAACACUAAAUAAACUGAAAACAAGAAAGCUACCACCAAUGUUCAUGAAUACGCCCGCCAUGGCGUGAAUUUUUAUAUAUUUUUAAAGUACAUUCCUGCGGGAUAUGAAGGAUGCAACAUUGCAGGAGAAAUACAUAACCAGCGUUAGCGGCCGGUUAUGUAAUUUUUUUCAUUCUGGCUGUUUCUAUACAGCUAUGAAUUUACUAUAACUCUCCGUAAGAAACAGAGGAAAUUAUACUUGGUAGUUGUAAAUAUCGUACAGUGAGUCUUCCUCGCUCGGUCGUCCGAAUGUUUGACCCAUCGUAGUUUGUAGUGUUUUAUUUCAUGACGAAAGGAAUAUGCUGAUCGUUCAAAUUUCAAAUUUCAAAUUAAACGCCUAGGUCAUUGUAAAAGACUGUUCUACAUGUACCAUCUUGUUGGUAAGUUACAAAGUUAACCAUUUAGUUAGAUGGUCAACAAAAAACCCAUCAGAUCAGAAAUAAAAAAAAAACCAAACAGUUUGACUAUAAAAUUUGAAUAUUUUUCUAUAUCUUUGAAUGAAGCUCUUCGCAUAAAGGAGAUAAAUAUUGCGUAAAAAUGACCACAACCAUCCAGCCCUGAAACUGAAUAGUUCAUCCGGGCUAGAGGAAAGAACCUCUGCUGUUUUUUUAAGGUCAUUAUCAAAAGUCUAAUAUUAUCUCAAACUUAAACAUUGCUAGUUUCAUAGGAUUUGUAUUCAUUCGAUUACUUUUAAACUUAGUUUAAUGAUCAGACAAAAUGCAUUUUUGUGAAUACUUUUUCUGAUUUAACUAUUGUCUUAAUAAUUCGUGAAUCAUUUGUGCGUUAAUGCGUUAA